AGCUGGAGGUGGGCAAGGCGCAGGAGUUCACGGUGAAGGCCAAGGGCGCGGGGGGCCAGGGCAAGGUGGGGGCCCGGAUUUUGGGGCCGUCCCGCAAGGCGGUGCCGUGCACGGUGGAGCCGGGCGCCGCCCCCGAGAGCAGCGCCGUGCGCUUCGUGCCGCGCGACGAGGGCCCCCACAGCGUGGAGGUCACCUACGACGGCGUGCCCGUGCCCGGCAGCCCCUUCCCCGUCGAGGUGGUGCCGGCCACCGACCCCUCCAAGGUCCGUGCCUUUGGCCCCGGUCUCCAGGGCGGCCUGGCAGGUGUUCCGGCCCCAUUCACCAUCGACACCAAAGGUGCCGGCACGGGCGGUUUGGGGCUGACCGUGGAGGGGCCCUGCGAGGCCAAAAUCGAGUGCCAGGACAACGGCGACGGCACCUGCUCGGUGUCCUACCUGCCCACGGAGCCCGGUGACUACAACAUCAACAUCCUCUUCGCCGGCGCCCACAUCCCGGGCUCGCCCUUCCGCGCGCCGAUCCAGCCAAAGUUCGACCCUUCCAAGGUCACCUGCGAAGGGCCGGGGUUGGAGAAGGCCACGGCCGGCCAGCCGGGGCGCUUCCGCGUGGACUGCAGCCGGGCGGGGACGGCCGAGCUGACCAUCGGCAUCGCCUCGGAAGCCGGGGCGCGGGCGGACGUGAGGGUGGAGGAGAACGGCGACGGCAUUUACACCAUCGCCUACACGCCGCGCAGCGCCGGCGUGCACACCGUCACCGUGGAGUACGGCGGGCAGCCCGUGCCGCACUUCCCCAGCACCGUGCGCGUGGAGCCAGCGCCCGCGGCCGUGGAUACGUCCGGCAUCAAGGUGUACGGGCCCGGCGUGGAGGGGAAAGCCGUGUUCCGCGAGGCCGUGACGGAGUUCGAGGUGGACGCCCGGGCCGUGUCCAAGGCCGGCGGUCCCCAUGUCAAGGCCCUGGUGUCCAACCCCUCUGGAAACGUCACCGAGACCUUCGUGGAGGACCGGGGCGAUGGCACCUACCACGUGGAGUACACGCCCUACGAGGAGGGCCUGCACAAGGUGGAUGUCACCUACGGGGGGUCCCCGGUGCCGCUGAGCCCGUUCCGUGUCCCCGUCACCGAGGGCUGUGACCCCACCCGGGUGCGGGUGCACGGCCCCGGCAUCCAGAGCGGCACCACCAACCAACCCAACAAAUUCACCGUGGAGACCCGGGGGGCCGGCACGGGGGGUCUGGGCCUGGCCGUGGAGGGUCCCUCAGAAGCCAAAAUGUCCUGCACGGACAACAAGGACGGCAGCUGCUCCGUGGAGUACAUCCCCUACGAGCCCGGCACCUACAGCCUCAACGUCACCUACGGCGGCCACCAGGUCCCCGGGAGCCCGUUCCAGGUGCCGGUGUCGGACGUGGUGGACGCGUCCCGAGUGUCCUGCGGGGGUCCCGGGCUGACCCCCGGCCACGUCCGGGCCAACGUCCCCCAGACCUUCACCGUGGACACCUCCAAGGCUGGUGUGGCCCCGCUGGACGUCAAAGUCCAGGGCCCCAAAGGCGUGCUGGAGCCCGUGGACGUGGCCGACAACGGCGACGGCACGCAGCGCGUGUCCUACGUCCCGUCCCGCGAGGGACCCUACAGCAUCUCCGUGCGCUACGGCGACCACGAGGUGCCCCGCAGCCCCUUCAAGGUGAAGGCGCUGCCCACCCACGACGCCAGCAAGGUGCGGGCGAGCGGCCCCGGGCUCAACACCACGGGCGUGCCGGCCAGCCUGCCCGUGGAGUUCACCAUCGACGCCAAGGACGCCGGCGAGGGGCUGCUGGCCGUGCAGAUCACGGAUCCCGAGGGGAAGCCCAAGAAAGCCUCGAUCCGGGACAAUCAGGACGGCACCUACACCGUGUCCUACGUGCCGGACAUGACCGGCCGCUACACCAUCCUCAUCAAAUACGGGGGGGACGAGAUCCCCUAUUCCCCCUACCGCAUCCGGGCCGUGCCCACCGGCGACGCCAGCAAGUGCACGGUCACCGUUUCCAUCGGAGGUCACGGCUUAGGGCGGGGCCUGGGCCCCACCAUCCAGCUGGGCGAGCAGACGCUGAUCACGGUGGACGCCAAGGCGGCCGGCAAGGGCAAGGUCACCUGCUCAGUGUGCACGCCCGACGGCUCCGAGGUGGACGUGGACGUGGUGGAGAACCCCGACGGCACCUUCGACAUCUUCUACACCGCGCCGCAGCCCGGGAAAUACGUCAUCUGCGUCAGGUUCGGGGGGGAGCACAUCCCCAACAGCCCCUUCCAGGUCAUGGUGAGUGAGGAACGGGGGGAAAAGGGAAAAAACGGGGGAAAAUGGGG